CCAUCGCCGGUACUAGCCAUCUGUCAUAGUGGCAAAAAAAUCAAUACCAACCCCCAACCCUCCUCGUUAAAAAUGUAAAUGCGAAAAAAUUCAAUACUGUGCAGCCAAACGCGACGGUCGCAGCGUUCUCCACUCUAAAUCGCUAGCAAUCCCCGCUUUUUUCCCCAGCACUCAAUGCUUGAGAUCCGGAAUCGGUUGAUUGAAAGCCCGGAAAAUCGGUUAAGGAUUCACGACGGUGUGUGAUUUGCAGCCAAAACCGUGUGGCCAACUUGCAAACCGGCAAAAAAAAAAAAGAAAGCCAAAUCAGUGAGUGAAAAGUGGAAUAGGGAAAAGUUAGAAGUGGCGAUUCGUGUUUCGGAAGAAAGGCUAAGGAUAAAGGAUAAAGGAUAAAGAGCCUAGGCAAAUCCGGCAAACAUAUGUCAAGUGCAGGGCGCCAGGAAUAAAGCUAAGACGGCGGCGUCGACGUUGACUGAGGCAGAGGCAGCAGCGGGAGCGGCAACAAAGACGGAUAAUUUAAUUGCUCGACGGCGGCAACGCCAACGCCGACGGCCACGGUGACGACAACAACAACUGGCUACAACGGCGGCGUCACCGGCGUCGACGGCGGCAUCCAGCAGAAACUGCUAGCAGAGGCUGCGACUGCGAGCGAGGGCGCUGUUUCCGUAUCCGCUUCUGUUGUUGUUGUUGGUGGCGGCAGCAGCAGAUACAACAAUGAUAAGCAGAACCGAUUCGCAGACAUAACACAUUGCGGUGGAGGUUGAGAAGAACGGCAUGGUGAAAAUGGAAUCCACGGAAGAACAGGAUCGAAAGCUAGUUUUGGAGUUUUGCCAUUUGCUGGAGAAGUCCAAGCAGCUCUUCAACGGGCUCAGGGAUCUGCCGCAAUAUGGCCAUCGGCAGUGGCAAGCCUACUUCGGUCGCACCUUCGAUGUCUAUACCAAGUUGUGGAAGUUUCAGCAGCAACAUCGCAUGGUCCUCGACUCAAAGUAUGGCCUAAAGCGUUGGCAGAUCGGUGAAAUAGCAAGCAAAAUUGGUCAGCUCUAUUAUCACUAUUACUUAAGAACCAGCGAAACCAACUACCUGAACGAAGCGUAUCAGUUCUAUGCGGCUAUAAGGGGUCGUGCCUACUACUCGCGAGCGGCCAAGGAGGACCGGCCCGACCUGAUGGUGAAAAAACUGCGCUACUAUGCCCGCUUCAUAGUCGUCUGCCUGCUGCUCAAGAAGAUGAAGCUGGUGCGGGAGCUGGUCACAGAGCUGGAGAAACAAAUUCAGGAGUACACCAACACAUACGAGCCGGAGGAUCACUUGGAGUGGUCGCUGGUGCUGGAGGAGAUCAAGGGCUUCAUCAAGGCGGAGGCGGCGGUGGCGGUUCUACACGCCGACUCCAAUCCCAUCAUCCUGUCGCACAGUGGUUCCGGUUCUAGGUUGUCGCCGCUGACGACGCCGCCCUGCGAGCGGUCCCCGCACAUGACCCUCAGCCUGCAGGAGAUCCUGAUUGUGGGCUCCGCCUGCGAGCAGGCCAAGUUCUCUGAACUGACCAUGGACAUGUUCCGGAUGCUGCAGACGCUGGAGCGAGAGCCGACGGAGUCUGCAACGAAUCCACUAAGCAUGUCGCACGGCCUCCAUGGUCACGAUGCCAGUCCGGCGGCCAGCCGGAUACCGCCGUACGGGGUGCCGGGCUCCAAGGGUUACAUGGAAAACGGUCGCCACUUCCGAGACAAUCCCCACAAGUAUCUGUUGUAUAAGCCCUCGAUUAGCCAGCUGCUGGUCUUCCUGGCCAGCGGCUUUAAGGAACUGCCGCUGGGCGGAGCCCUGUUGCUUUACAUGUCGGCCGAUGGCUGCUUCUCCACCACCAAACAUCCUGAGGAUUAUGGUUACGAGCUGGGCGGCCUGGCCACCAGCGUAAAGCGGGACAGCGUGGACGGCGGCGGACUGUCGUGUCGGGGGAAGUCCUACAAGGAAAACCACUGCCUGUAUCCGGGUGAUCUGUAUCCCUUCACACGCCGGCCCAUGUUCAUAAUCAUCGACUCGGACAACUCGUUUGUCUUUCAGCACAUACCGCGCUAUUUUGGCCAGCCCCUAGUGGUGCUCAUGUCGCCGCAGGAUGUGCCCCCCGCAUUCCAAGCUGAUGUCCAGCAUCAUGGCUCGCUGUUUACAUUGUUCCUGCACUCCCCGCUCACCGCUCUCUGCUACAUCUGCAACGUCGGAGACGUGCCCAUCCACCACUGGGAACGCUGUCAGACCUACGUCGAUCGGUUCAUCACGGAGGCCUCCCGUUUGGUGACACGAUGUCGCAUCGAUGAAAUCGAGCAGGGCAUAGGAUUUAUAGACUCUUCCUACGUGCAGUUCUUUGGCGACGACUUCCUUCGCACCCUGAUCCUGCGCUUCGUUUUCUGUGAUGUGGUUCUGCGGCUGCACCGCGGAUUCCGGGGCCGGCACAUGCGACCACGGUGCGAGCCGCAGCUCCCGGCAAACGAGCUCCUGGAGCACCCGUCACUCUCCCACAUCGUCUUUCAACUGGCCUCGGCAUUGGAUGUGCGUGGCCACUUCUCCGAGGGGCCGGAGUGCGACUGAUGACUUUUUGUGGCCGUUGUGUUGGUCCUGGCCGUGGUGGUUUGCCUGCGACAGCAGCUGCUUCAGGUGUUCAGUGCGUGCUGGUUCGAGCGGCAGUUCUCCGGGUGGUGGACGCCUUCGCUGUACAGUUUUCCGCUUGGCUGGAACUGGGCCUGAAGUCGAGAUCGGGAUGGGGAUCGGGAUCGGGUGUCGGUUGUCCAUGGGUUUCCUUUCCGUUGCAGUCUCCCAGCUGCUGGCGUAAUUCAUUUUAAUAACGUACGUAACGUAAUUGCAUAAUAAUACGGAUAUAAAUAUAUAAAUACGAGUAUAAUAUUUAAUCAAGUAGCUAGUUUUCUUAUAUAGUGCGUCGCGCAAUGGAAAUGGUCCAAUGUUAGUUGCUUAGCAUAUAUAUAAUUAAUGAUAACAUAAUUAAUGAUAUAGAUACGUGAGAUUAAUGAUAUUCAACCGAUAUCGCAGCAGCAACAAAAGCAACAACAACAAAAACCACAGACAUGUCAAAAGGAACCUAACAAACGAUAACUGCCAAAAAGGAGAUGAAAUGAAA